AUGACACAAAUCACUCUUCCAAAGCCGGCACACGUCUGGCAAGACGUGGUAGCCAAGAAACGACGACUCCGCGCAGAGGCCAUCUCGGCAUCCGCAGACCACUUGGCAGGCACCUCGAAGGAUACUGAAAUCACAAGUAUCGCUGAUGCCUCAGAACUUGUUUCAAAGGUCUCACGUGGUGACGUGACAAGUGAGGAAGUAAUCAGGGCAUACGUUCGGAGUCUAACAGAAAUCUUCUUCGACGACGCACUCAAGCGGGCCGCAGAGUUAGAUGACUAUCUUGCUAAGAACGGAAAGACAAUUGGACCCUUGCAUGGUGUUCCCGUAACCUUGAAAGACCAGUUCAACGUCAAAGGAUAUGACACGACUCUCGGCUACGUGGGUAGAUCCUUCAAGCCCGCUUCAGAUGAUGCCGUUGUCGUAAGAAUGCUUCGCUCAUUGGGCGCCGUCAUUGUUGCCAAAACGAACUUGCCACAGAGUAUCAUGUGGUGCGAGACAGACAACCCUCUUUGGGGCCUCACGACCAAUCCUAUGAGCAAGGAUUUUACCCCCGGCGGCUCAACUGGCGGCGAGGCAGCCUUACUUGCUUCCGAUGCUACCAUGCUCGGUUGGGGCACAGAUAUUGGAGGAAGCAUUCGGAUUCCGUCUCACAUGAUGGGAACAUACGGCUUCAAGCCCAGCAGCGCGCGCUUGCCCUACCGAGGGGUCCCGGUAUCGACUGAAGGCCAAGAACAUGUACCCUCGUCGAUUGGUCCCAUGGCUCGCAGCCUGUCCACAAUUCGCCUCGCCAUAGAGCAACUGAUCCACGCCAAGCCCUGGGAAUUGGACGCACGUUGUGCGCCAGUUCCGUGGCGAGAAGACUUGUACAAGGAGACAUUUUCUAGGCCUUUGACCAUCGGAGUACUCUACGAUGACAAUGUUGUUCGGCCCCACCCGCCAAUCACACGCGUUCUCCGCUCCGCAGUAGAGCGUCUUCAAGCAGCGGGCCAUGAGGUCCUGGAAUGGAAUGCCGACUUGCAUGAAGACUGUAUCAGAACAAUGGAUCUCUAUUACACGGUAGACGGCGGCGAAGACAUACGCAAAGACGUCUUGGCUGGCGGAGAACCCUUUAUUCCUCACGUCGAGAAGCUUCUCAACCGAGGCACACCAAUCUCCGUAUACGAGUACUGGCAGCUCAACAGGCGCAAAUGGGAGCUGCAGCAGGCCUACCUGGAAAAGUGGCAAUCCAUCCGGUCACCCAAAACCGGUCGCAUGGUUGACAUUAUCCUGCUGCCACCUAUGCCGCAUACCGCUGUGCCGCAUGGAGGUUGUCGAUGGGUGGGAUACACCAAGGUGUGGAACUUUCUCGAUUACCCAGCCCUGGUCAUUCCGGGAGGCCGUGUGAGCCGGGAAGACGUUGAACAGCCUUGGGCGGCGGAAGUGAGGGGAGUCGAAGACGAGUGGAACAAGAAGUUGUGGGAGGAUAACAAGGAGACAAUGGCAUCUCUUGCGCUGCCGGUGGGGCUUCAGAUUGUUGGUCGUAAACUGGAGGAGGAGACGGUGCUUGCUGCUGGCAAGAUCAUUGAUGACAUCCUCGGGGGUAAGAGCUGA